AUGCAAAAUCCCUUAAUAACAAGCACUUUAUAUUUUCCUAGACAAUCAUAUUUUAGCAAGUAUAAAGGGUUGCUUGAAUUACAACAAAAGUAAUAGCUGAGCCCAGAGGAAAGGAGAAUUAAGGAGAAGAAAUAAAAAAACAACUAAACAUCUGAUUUUGAGGAAACCAUAUUAAUUACUAAUUCAGCAAAAUUAAUAGUACCGUAAAGGAGGAUUACUUUUGAAAAUUAAACUAAUGCUAUGGAGGAUCCUUAUUUCUAAAAAAAUGAAAGUUCUAUCUCUUAGAGAUACUUAGCAAAUUUUAACAUGUUAAAAUCGUAAAAAUAAAUUUUGCCUUCCUUGCCUUCCCAAAACAAUCUGAAUUCAAUUAAACUGUAAACACGAUAGUUAUUUGCUAAACCACUGAUUAAAAAAUAAAAAAGCCUUGACCACGUUGUUUAAAUAUGUUAUUAAAAUAAACAAUUUUCUCAACUAUAAGAAGGAGCAAGCUUAAAAUGUUUGUUCAAAUCUUCAGAAUUAAAAGAGGAAGAUUAUGAUAAAAUUUUAAUUAUUUAAUUUGAAAAUGUUAUACUAAAAAGAUCAUGUUCAUUUUGGGAGAACUCCAAUGAGGUCACUAGUUGUAGUAUUAGUUUAAGUUCAAAAAAUUAAGAAUAAUGCGAAAAUGCUUUUUGCGUUUGUAAUUUAAGAAGAGAAUUUAAAAAUACACUGAAAAUAUUGUCAAAGGCUUAUAUAAUAAUCUUCUUAGUUUAAAAUGCUAGUUUUGUGUUAAAAUGGCACAAAUAUCUUUAGGAAUAAAAUUAUUAAUAUGAUGCAAUAUAUAAAACUAGAAUCACAAAAAACGUUCGGAUUGGUGGCAUUUAAAUGAGUAGAGUAUUUAAUGAUUUCUAGAAGUUUAACUUAUCUAAAAUCAUAUACUUUGAUUCCAUCGAUAUUUCGAACGCAUCCAAAUUACAUCCAGAAGAUUUAUAGUACAAAAUACCAAUAGCAAAUUGCAAUAUUGAAACUACAAUCUUUCUAUUUAAGAAAAAUAUGCAGACAAAGUAAUUUGAUUCACAAUUGCUGCACAACAUAUCAAUGGCCUUUUAUUCAGGAAAGGAACAUGUAAUAAGCAAGAAACAAAUUUAUUUUGAGAAUAUUGAUUUGCACUUUGUUUUUUAAUAUUAUACUUCCUAAAACUAAAUUAAGAAACUCAAUUAAUUAAGAAAACUUAAUGAAUUAAAAUAGUCUUUUUAGAAGAUAUUAGAAAGUUUAAAUGAAUCUUAAACUGUUUAAUAAGAGAAGGAUGAGUAUUUGAUAUAGUGGAUAUCAGCAACAAGAAACGAUUUUAUAAAUGAUUUUAAAAUGAAAAAGAGUGAAAGAGUCCCUCAAUUCUAUUUCACAAUUGGAGAUAUUAUUGUUAGGAACCAAAAAUUAAAAUGGUAGCAUUUUAACUAUAAAAGUGAAAAAAUGUAGAGUAGAUAUGAACAUAUCUGUAAAUUGAUAUCUAAGAUACAUUAAGAUCAUCAAUCUUUUGAAAGACACUAACAUUCAAUUAAAAUUAAUUGUAUACUUUGUAUUGAAUGA